AUGAGCGCUCAGGCCGCUCUCCACAUCUUGAUUGAGGCUGUACGAGCAUCCGCUCGCGCUCUACGGGGCCUAGCUGACAAUCUUGAGAGGGCUGCUGCCGCAGCAGAGAGGGGGCCAUCCGCUGGAUCUGACAGGGUCACUGAGGUCUCCACCGACACUAUCGAUUGGGACCUGGUCACUGAGGCAUUGGAGGCGGAAAGAGAUCAGCGCACCGGUGCCCCGUGCACCAACUUCUCGAGCUAUCACGACGUCGAGAAGAGCAUUCCCCCCUUGCCUGAUCACUGUGUGGAUCUUUGUGGCCGUCUGGGUGGCACCAUUGAGGACGUCAAGUCCCGAGCUACUCGAGCUUGGAUUGCCGGUUGUUGGGCCAAGGCCACAUUGGAGGGAAAGAUCCCAAAGCCUCGACCUACCCCAAAGAUUGCACUGCAGGCCACCACCUACAUCAUCCUCAAGGGUCCAAGCGUUCAGCGACCGACCAGAGUCUCUUCAGCGGCAGAGUAUUUCAAGCUCCUGCCACGCCGAGCAGUAGAGAUGGCGACAGGUGGCCCGAUUCAGUUUUUGGACCAAGGAGUUCUCCAGACCUAUGUGAUGGGCUUGGACCUCACUGCAUGGGAUGGGGAGUGGUCGGAGAGUUUUGCAAUCCCAGUUUUGAGCCGGCAGUCGGGGGUUCUGAUUGCAGUACCAGAGGGAGCUUUUUCUCCGGAGGUUCUCCAGGCUGGAGCUUUUGCAGCGAUGGACGACCUUGUAGGCCCGUCGACGAGGGUGACACUGCCUGCUGUCUUCGAGGAGUUGGACGGGACAGAAACACCCCACACAGAAGAUAUUCCAGUUGUUUUGAUAGACUUCCACAAGAACAUCUUGGAGAGCAUUCGAGGCUUCGACCCAGUCACAGAAGGACCCGGCAUCCGUUGUUUCUCGCCACCACACAUGGAAAUUUUGCCAGAGUCCAAUUCCCUACUUCUUGCGGCUUACGCCUAUGUGGAAGGGGGUACAGAGGGAAGGACUCAAUUCUAUUCGGCAGAAGAGACACAAAUUCCCCCCCCUGCCUGUGACCCCGGCACCAAAGGCCUCCUCGAGGCAGCCCAAGGCGAAGGCCUCCCCUGGUGGGGCUUCCACUCCCAAGAGGGUUACUACGGCAACGCUAGGCGAGCAGUUAGCAGAGAUCUCCAAGGUGCUCCCUGCUAUGUCCUCCCAGCUGGAGGCUAUGACCCAGCGCCAAGACAGGGUGGAACGCCUGAUGAGCUCUGCACCUCAAGCCUCAUCCAAGGAGCCUCCGGCUCACAAGCAGGACUCCAGAGUGGGCAGCCCGCCAAGGUCCAGACCACUGGCCGAUGCAAACCCAGAGCCCCGGAAGACCGUGGAAUUCACGAAUGUGGACGAACCUCUCGCCCUGCCCUAGAUCCAGACUACCCCGGAGGAGAACAGAGCAUUCCAGCUCUUCCACAACCAGAGGCGCUCUCUGCGGCUCUGUUCCAGCACUCUCAGGCUUUGACGACUCUUGUGGCUCACUUAGCGGGUCAGGAUGGCAUGGAAUUUGGCGCGACAGCAACAGGCUCAGCCCUCAGUUUGAAGGGUUCGCUGAAGCGGGACAAGCUGCUCAGGGACCUGGCAGAGAGGCGAGGGAACUUUUUCCUCAAGGUGUCACAAAAUGCCUUCCGGCGCCUCAGGCCCUCAGAGCUCGUCCCUCAGGAGAUCUCUGCCCUUGGAGGACGUGCCCUUUUCUCGAAGUACAUGGAAAGAAGCGGUGGCUAUUCUGGUCAGAGAGACCUGGGCCUCACUAUGUGGCUGCUCAGCCAGAUGGCGGAUGCAUUCCUGAACGAAGAUGCAACCGGGGCCCAAGAACUGCUAGCACUGACUAUGGUGACUUUGGAGCAGGUGGCUCAGGACUCUGGAAAGUGGGAAGUAGGGUGGAUCUUGUCACUGCAGGAGGAUCCUCCUCCGGGUGUCUUCCAAGCAAGGCCCACCACGACGAAUCCCAGGCUCCGAGCCUUUGCCCCUCUUUGUCCGCCGGAGUGGGCCACCACGGCGUUGUCCUAUGUCAAGGAGGUCGACCUGAUAAACUCCAGGAGACAAGAAGCCCUGCCAGGAAAGAAGAACCAGCUUGGGAAGGAACAGGACGACCAGGCCCGUCUGGAGAGCCCCUUUGCUGCGCUCUUCUACCUCAGAACGGUCCAGAACCUCCUUUGCGACGUUCUUGCGGACUACCUUCUGCAUCACAAGACUGCAUCCUUGCAGUUCUUCAAAAGCCUUGUUCCCGUUGCCGGAACUACGUUGAAGCCCGACUUCCUGGUGUCUCUGCUUGCUUGCCUUCAGCCCAGUGCCUCCUUGACCUUGAGGAAGAAGAAAGCUGCCCACAAGAUGCCCUCCGCUUUCCAGGCAUGCUUUGCUAGCAUACCUCAAGGAGACCACCUUGGAGUAGAGAUUGCCACAGAAAGCCAUCGAAACUACCUCAUCUCCAAAGGCCUCCUCCAGGAAGAGGAAGAGGUUAGAUCCGGCCUCCCUUACCUUGGCCAAAAAGUUGCUUCUGGCCUCGUCAUCGAUGACUUCUUUUCCAUCUCCGUCGAGGAUGCCGCAAAUGGAAGAUGGCCUGAUGAAAAGUCUGAGUGGAUAGACACUGCUCAGGCACCUCAGGGAAUCAAGCAAAUCCUCCUGGCAAGAAAGGCCUAUGCUGACGCGGGCCUUGAAGGAUCUCCUCUCAAGGACCUAGUCGAUGAAGAGAAAGGCAAGAUCAUUGGGGCCGAGGUUGACUCGUCAUCACUGACCAGGUCUCUGGGGCUAGUUCUGGUCGCGGCUCCAGUCCGAAAGCGCCUCGCCUUGUCCUACAUCUCCUUGGAGCUGGCAGCAAAGGACACGACUUCCGAUGCGCUGCAUGCUUGCCUGAUUGGUGGAUGGGUGUCCGCUGCGAUGUACCGAAGGCCCUUCAUGUCGAUCCUUCAAAAGGCCUACAAGAUCCAGAUGUCUGAGGUUGACCAGGAGAGGCCAAAGACAGUGAACCUGCCAAGAUCAGUUGCAGAGGAGCUCACCCUGUUGGCGGUGCUCUGCCCACUGAUGCACAAGCACAUACAGAGCAAGUGGUCAAAGCCCUCAGCUGUUUACACCGAUGAGCUGGCUGCGGCCCUGGGACAGUCUUUCGACAAGGCCCUCACGAAGAAGAUCCGGGGGACCCAGUCCGUCGAGCCCAAGCUGAAAGCCAAAUGGAAGGUCGACAAAGUGUGGUCUUGGAGAAGCCCCAAGCACAUAAACAUUCAAGAGGUCCUUGCAGCUGAGAGACUGAUGAAGGAACAGGCCGUCUCUUGGCCAAAGUCACGCUUCCCCGUUGUCAUGGAUUCAAACGUGGGCAUGUCUGCCCUAGUCAAGGGCAGAUCACCAUCAGAUGGCCUCCGACCCGCCCUGAGGAGGGCAGGGUCCACCAUCGUUGCAGGAGCUUUGUAUCCGGCCUACCAUUUUGGGCCCACCAGACUACUACCAGCCGACCAUCCUACCAGAGACAAUGAGUUCCCUCCUCCAUGCAGGAGCUGCCGGCCUCCUGAGGCGACGUGCACCGAGCUCUUACAGUUCUCAAAGGUUUCAAACCUGGCUCGAAAAGGGGCAAACUGGGUUCGCCUGGUUCUUCUCCUUUUGCAAGACCUGCCCCUGUGGAGCCAAAGUAAGGAUUCCUGGAGGUUUGCUCAUGUCAGUUACAAGCACUGCCCCUUCGGCGCCCGGGGGGCGGAUUUCAGCCAGAAGGAGUUUGACAGCGCUUGUGGCUAUCCCGGAGAAGGUCCUGCUGCUGGAGGCUCUCGAGUGCAGUUGAUGCGUUGCCUUGCUUCCGCCUUUCCCCUUGGAAUUCCAGCCCUGGUUAGACUUCUUGGGGCCCUUGCUGCCCUGGUUGGAAUUUUUGGGGCCUGCAUCAGCUUUGCCACUUUUGUCUUAACCUCUGCCUUGCCGAGGAAAGCUGUGCCUGUCCGUGUCCGUAGCCGUCCCCGGCCGCGCUCCUCUUCUCUGACCCUUUUCAGGCAAGCCAAGCUUCAGGCCCUCCUUUUGGCCAUCUUGUUCCUGGAACACCCAGGCCUUGUAGCCGGCGCGCCUCGCCAUGGACUGAAGCUGCAGCCCAGAGAUGCUGCCGACCGCGCACGACAAGAGACAAGAGGUCAGCUAGAACUGCCUGAUGGCAGACCGGUGCUGGGACAGACCCAGCGGCAGAGAGACAAAUUGAUUGGGGCCUUCGAAGAAUGGCUUCGCUCGCAGGGCAUCCUGCUGGAUGAGAUCCUCAUGGUGGGGGCUCCUGACGUCGAGGCCCUCAACCUUCUGCUGGAGAGGUACGGCCGUGAGCUGUAUCGAGCGGGACGACCGUACGGUCACUACAGUGAGACCGUCAAUGCAGUGUCGGCCAAACGGCCAAGGGUACGGAGACUGCUCCAGCCGGCUUGGGACCUGGCCUAUAGCUGGCUACGCCAAGAACCACCAGUACACCACCUUGCGCUCCCAUGGCAGGCGAUGCUCUCAUUCCUCACUACAUCGCUCUGCUGGGGUUGGUGCAGGGUCGCUGGCAUCAUCGCCCUAUCGUGGGGCGGGAUCACACGGAUCGGAGAAUCCGUAAAUGCCUUCAGACGAGAUCUGGUCCUCCCGUCUGAUGUCAACUACACGAUCGACUACGUGCUCCUUCAAAUAGCUGGGCCAAAGACCCGGUUCAGAUGUGCUCGCCACCAGAUGGCAAAGGUGGAUCAGCCUCAGUUGGUCAGGAUCAUCGUCACGGCCUUUGAGAACCUGCGACCUGACCAACGACUUUGGCCGGCAUCGGGAUCAACGAUCCGGAGCCGUUUCCAACGCCUGGUCCAGGCGAACUCCCUCGACCACCUCCGGACGAAGAAGGGCCUGGACCUUGGCUCGUUGAGAGCAGGAGGAGCGUCAUGGCUCCUGAUGACCUCCGACAACCCAGACAUGACAAGGCGCCGCGGGCGCUGGAUCAAUGCAAAGGUGAUGGAAGUGUACGUGCAGGAAGCUUGGGCAGUUCAGUUUCUGCCACAGCUUCCAGAGUCCAUCAAGGAGGGCAUCAUGGAAGGAGCUGGUUUGUUUCCGUGGGCCUUGGAGCUUGCGGAGAUUUGGAAGAGGGCGGCUGUCCCGGAGUCAGCAUGGCCCAUCCUUUAUCAGAAGGCGGCUCGAGACCUUGAGCAGCAAGAAAUGGGAAGGCAACACCUCGAGAAGGAAGAGGCGGGAGAUGGAGGGGCCGCUUUUGCCCAAUGUGGGCGUGUGCACCCUUUACUGGAUGCAGAAGAAAAGAAGUGCGACCAGCUUGAUGAGUUGACCUUUAACUCAGAAUGCCCUGUUCGCCGCUCAAGCUUCUCCCGCAAAGCCGCCCACCCGAGCCGCUUCUGA